UUUCAGAUGUGGUAAAGAGGCUAUCUUGUCAUCUGUAAGGUAUAUAGUGCCUUAAAAAAUGGGAUUUGGAAGUAACCUGAAGUAUUCUCAUGAUGCUUUAUUAAAACUGCAAGAUUGGGAACUGCGACUGCUUGAAAGAGUGAAGAAAUUUAUGGUUAUGCGAGUAAAAAGUGAUAAAGAGUAUGCCUCUACUUUGCAGAAUCUUUGUAAUCAAGUAGAUAAAGAGAACACUUAUCACCUGGAUUAUAUCAGCAAUGUGUCCAAGUCUUGGUUGCUCAUGGUACAGCAAACGGAACAGUUGAGCAAAAUAAUGAAGACACAUUCAGAGGAUCUUAAUUCUGGUCCUUUGCAUAGACUUACAAUGAUGAUCAAAGAUAAGCAGCAAGCAAAGAAGAGUUAUGUAGGUGUUCAUCAACAAAUUGAAGCAGAGAUGUACAAGGUCACGACGACAGAACUGGAGAAACUAAAAUCUAGCUAUAGGCAAGUAAUGAAAGAAGUGAAUACUGCCAAAGAAAAGUAUAAAGAAGCUGUGGCUAAAG